GGUAGAUAUGCUCUCUGCCUCCAGCUUCCCAGAGUGGUGAAAGCUCGUUUUUUGUACAGAGUAACCUGGUUGUUGCUGGGCAGCCAUGGGUCUGCAGAUCGGGGAUGCACUGUUCUCUGUGGCCAUGGCCGUGGUCAUUUUCUUGUUCCUUGUGGACCUAAUGCACAGGCGCCAACGCUGGGCUGCUCGUUACCCACCAGGCCCUGUUCCAGUGCCUGGGCUUGGUAACCUGCUGCAGGUGGAUUUCGAGGAUGUGACGUACUCUUUCUACAAGCUGCGACAUCGUUUUGGGGAUGUGUUCAGCCUGCAGUUUGCCUGGACUCCAGUGGUUGUGGUCAAUGGGCUGGCGGCUGUGCGGGAGGCUCUGGUGAGCCACAGCGAGGACACAUCAGACCGGCCCACAGUGCCCAGCAGCGCACUACUGGGCUUUGGACCAAAAGCCCAAGGUGAAGGAGUUGUUGGAGCCUACUAUGGACCCGCCUGGCGUGAGCAGCGACGCUUCUGUGUGUCAACACUGCGCAACUUCGGCCUGGGGAAGAAGUCCCUGGAGCAGUGGGUGACCGAGGAGGCUGCCUGCCUGUGUGCUGCUUUCGCCAACCAUAGUGGACAGCCCUUUUGCCCCAAAGCCUUGCUGAACAAAGCAGUAUGCAACGUGAUCUCGUCCCUCAUCUUCGCACGCCGCUUUGAGUAUGAUGACUCCACAGUGAUCAGGCUGUUAGAGUUGGUAGAGGGCAGCUUGAGGGAGGAGAUCAGUUUGCAGCUUCAGGUAGUGAACUCAAUGCCCCUGCUCCUGCGCAUCCCAUGGGUGGCUUCCAAAGUCCUGCCUGCACAGAGGUCCUUCAUGGUCUUGAAUGAUGAGCUGUUGGCUGAGCACAACACAAGCUGGGACCCAGACCAGCCUCCCCGAGAUCUGACUGAUGCUUUCCUGAAUGAGGUGCAUAAGGCCCAGGGGAACUCCGAGAGCACCUUCAAUGAUCAGAACCUUCGUCUACUUGUAUUAGAGCUGUUUGGUGCAGGAAUUGGGACCACAUCAGUUACGUUGUCCUGGGCUCUGCUCCUCAUGAUCCUGCACCCGGAUGUGCAGCGUCAAGUGCAAAAGGAAAUCGAUGAAGUGAUAGGGCAGGGGCGACAUCCAGAGAUGGCAGACCAGGCCCGCAUGCCCUUCACCAACGCCGUGAUUCAUGAAGUGCAGCGCUUUGCAGACAUCUUCCCAAUGGGUGUUCCCCACAUGACGUCUCAUGACACUGAGGUGCAGGGCUUCCUAAUUCCCAAGGGGACGAUGCUCCUCACCAACCUGUCAUCAGUGCUAAAGGAUGAGACUGUCUGGGAGAAGCCCUUGCACUUCCACCCUGGACACUUCCUGGAUGCUGAGGGCCGCUUUGUGAAACGUGAGGCCUUCAUGCCAUUCUCCGCAGGUCCCCGCACAUGCCUCGGGGAGCCCCUGGUCCGCAUGGAGCUCUUCCUGUUCUUCACCUGCCUGCUGCAGCGCUUCAGCUUCUCGGUGCCUGAAGGGCAGCCCCGGCCCAGUGAGCGUGGUGUACCUGCCUUCGUAGUGCCUCCAUCCCCCUACCAGCUCUGUGCUGUGCCCCGCUAGAGGAUGCACCGUGCCCCACUGUACCCUAGAUAAGUUACUUUAUGUACAAUAAACCAGCCUGUGACUGUCA